AUGAUAGGGCCCGAGAGAUCGUUGAGUUGCGCCGUUCCGCACGCACUGCCAAACAAAGCCAUUUUGAAUGUGAUCAUCAAUGGGUUCCGCUCAUACCGGGAGCAGACGGUUGUGGAGCCGUUCAGCGCCCGGCAUAACGUGAUCGUCGGCCGCAACGGGUCCGGCAAAAGCAAC